AUGUCUCUUAAUAUUCGCGAAAUCACAACCCUUGCUUUUAGUGCUAGUGCCCUUAUAGCCGUUGCCUUUCCGGCACUUUUCUACCUUAAUAAAUAUGUUACAUUAAAAUGCUUGGACAAAAGAAUUGCAUCAUUAGAAGAUAAAAGAUGUUCAAAAUAUUUAUUGAUUGCAGAUAUUCCAAAACAAGUCCGACACAGAGCUGAAUUAUUAAGAGAGCAGGCUAUAAAAUUAACGCAAGAAAAACUAAUUUUUGAAAAGGAAGCAAAUAAAACAAUUCCGAAGUUACAAGUAUUAAUGUGGUUCGAAAGGUGUAAAGAAGAUGGUAAAGUGAAUAAAGAAAUAGUGGAGGAAUAUUUAGAGACCAUUAAUAAUAUAAGAGAGCAGAUUUGGAAAAUGGAAGAAGAAAUUAGAAGGAUGCGAAUGGAGUCUAAUGAUCUGAUGAAAAAUGGUGCUCGAAAAGCACAAGAUAUAUUGAAAGCAGAAAUUAAGGAAAUAGAACGACAAAUUGUUAUUGAGCGGAAUCGACAUAAGAGUAUUGAAAGCAGGAAAUUGAAAUGGUGGUAA